AUGAAGGUCUUCCAUGUUCUCAUCAUCGCCGCUCUUGCCAUUGCCGGCACCUCGGCCCAGAACGCUGCCACCACGACGGGAACAACGGGCGUCGCGUCCUCGACCGCAGCUUCAAACACCGGCGCUGCUGCGACGGGUACGGCCACGGCCGCAUCAACGACGGGUGCUUCAACUGCGUCAUCAUCGACUGGCGCUGCUGACGCUACAGGCGCCACGGGUGGGUCGGCUACGGGCUCUGUCGCUGCCGGAGACACCACGUCGGCUGCCGCCAGCUCGACCGGUUCCAGCGCCAUGACGACGGGCUCAUCGGGUACCACGACGACCGGCUCGUCGUCAGCGACGGCGUCUUCGUCCACGCUGGACUCGUCGUCCUCAGGCACCUCGACAACGUCCAGCACUUCGGGUACCUCGAAGACGUCUUCGUCAGCUUCGGCCUCGGCGUCGGGCUCGAGUGGUGCGUCGCAGGUGUCGACGGCGGUUGGUGCCGCAUCGGCUGCCGUGAUCGCUGUCGCCGCGUACUUCCUGUAG